GAGGCGGCCAGAGGGAACGCUGAGCCUACCGCCCCCUGUCCCCGUGCGCUCCCCUCGCACCUGAGAAGGCCUCGGAGGACUGGCCCUGGAAGGUGCCAGGCCUUCCCUUUCCUCCGUGCCUGAAAGCUCUGCCCUCUAAAGAGUGAGGAGUUGGGAGAAAGAAGAGGCCGGGAAGGCGGCCCAGAGGCGCCAUGUUCCGCAAGAAAAAGAAGAAACGCCCCGAGAUCUCGGCCCCACAGAACUUCCAGCACCGCGUGCACACCUCCUUCGACCCCAAAGAAGGCAAGUUCGUGGGCCUCCCCCCACAAUGGCAGAACAUCCUGGACACGCUGCGGCGACCCAAGCCCGUGGUGGACCCUUCACGCAUCACCCGGGUGCAGCUCCAGCCCAUGAAGACGGUGGUGCGGGGCAGCUCGGUGCCUACGGACGGCUACAUCUCCGGGCUGCUCAACGACAUCCAGAAGUUGUCGGUCAUCAGUUCCAACACCCUGCGCGGCCGCAGCCCCACCAGCCGGCGGCGGGCACAGUCCCUGGGGCUGCUGGGGGAUGAGCAGUGGGCCACUGACCCGGACAUGUACCUUCAGAGCCCCCAGUCUGAGCGCAGCGACCCCCACGGACUCUACCUCAGCUGCAACGGGGGUGCACCAGCAGGACGUAGGCAGGUGCCGUGGCCCGAGCUGCAGAGCCCACGGGUCCUUCCCAAUGGACUGGCCGCCAAAGCACAGUCCCUGGGCCCUGCCGAGUUCCAGGGUGCCACACAGCGCUGCCUGCAGCUGGGCACCUGUCUGCAGAGUUCCCCAACCGGAACCUCACCCCCCACGGCCACGGGCAGGCGUGGGACCAAGACUGCCAGGCAUGGCCCCGAGGAGGCCCGGCCACAGUCCUGUCUGGUGGGCUCGGCGGCGAGCAGGCCUGGCGGGGAGGGCAGCCCCAGCCCUAAGACCCAGGAGAGCAGCCUGAAGCGCAGGCUGUUCCGAAGCAUGUUUCUGUCUGCUCCUGCCACGGCCCCUCCAAGCAGCAGCAAGCCAGGCCCUGCAGCGCAGAGCAAGCCCAGCUCCUCCUUCAGACCGGCACUGAAAGGCGGCCCCCCCAGCCUGGUGGCCAAGGCCCAGUCCUUGCCCUCAGACCAGCCCGUGGGGCCUUUCAGCCCUCUGACCGCCUCGGAUACCAGCAGCCCCCAGAAGUCCCUCCGCGCGGCCCCAGCCGCCGGCGCUCCUCCAGGCCGGUCUUCCCCGGCGGGGUCCCCCCGCACCCGGCAUGCCCAGAUCAGCACCAGCAACCUGUACCUGCCCCAAGACCCCGCGGUGGCCAAGGGCGCCCUGGCUGGCGAGGACACGGGUGUCGUGACGCACGAGCAGUUCAAGGCUGCGCUUAGGAUGGUGGUGGACCAGGGUGAUCCGCGGCUGCUGCUGGACAGCUACGUGAAGAUUGGCGAGGGCUCCACGGGCAUCGUCUGCCUGGCCCGGGAGAAGCACUCGGGCCGCCAGGUGGCCGUCAAGAUGAUGGACCUCAGGAAGCAGCAGCGCAGGGAGCUGCUCUUCAACGAGGUGGUGAUCAUGCGGGACUACCAGCACCUCAACGUGGUGGAGAUGUACAAGAGCUACCUGGUGGGCGAGGAGCUGUGGGUGCUUAUGGAGUUCCUGCAGGGCGGCGCCCUCACGGACAUCGUCUCCCAAGUCAGGCUGAAUGAGGAGCAGAUCGCCACCGUGUGCGAGGCUGUGCUGCAGGCCCUGGCUUACCUGCACGCCCAGGGUGUCAUCCACCGGGACAUCAAGAGCGACUCCAUCCUGCUGACUCUCGACGGCAGGGUGAAACUCUCGGACUUCGGGUUCUGUGCACAGAUCAGCAAAGAUGUCCCUAAGAGGAAGUCCCUGGUGGGAACCCCAUACUGGAUGGCUCCAGAAGUGAUCUCCAGGUCUCUGUAUGCAACUGAGGUAGAUAUCUGGUCUCUGGGCAUCAUGGUGAUUGAGAUGGUGGAUGGAGAGCCACCCUACUUCAGUGACUCCCCAGUGCAAGCCAUGAAGAGGCUCCGGGACAGCCCCCCACCCAAGCUGAAGAACUCUCACAAGGUCUCCCCCGUGCUGCGAGACUUCCUGGACCGGAUGCUGGUGCGGGACCCCCAGGAGAGAGCCACAGCCCAGGAGCUCCUGGACCACCCCUUCCUGCUACAGACCGGGCUGCCCGAGUGCCUGGUGCCCUUGAUCCAGCUCUACCGCAAGCAGACCUCCACCUGCUGAGCCUGGCCCCAGAACGCGCCUGCCACCUGUGCCCACAGGCAGGGGACACUGGGCCGCCAGCUUGCCAACAGGCCUGCCUGCCUGCCUGCCUCACUCUCUCAGUAUUCUCUCCAAAGAUUGAAUGUGAAGCCCCCAACCUACCCUCCUGCCCCUCAGCCCACUGGGCCAGGCCGGACCUGCCCCUUGGUCACUCUCCCUCCCAGGAGUCCCCAGUUGCCUUUGGGAUGAUGGAGACCCCUUCUGCGGGAUGACCCUUUGUUAUUUGC